AUGACUGAGGCAGGCACGAGUGAGGGGAAGCCCAGCCCCGAUGGACCGAUCACUGCCAUGCUGGCCGGUAUGAGGAGAAAGGCACAAGGGCAGAAGAGCAGAGAAGGCGACGAGGGUUUGGCAAAGAUGCCCAAAAUGUCAGAUUUACGGGGCUGCCCCGGGGUCCGUGGCAGGAAACCCCCGGGCCCGCAGCGUCGUGCGCAGCCAGUGGUCGCUGCAGAAGGCUGGGGGGCCCCCUGGAACCCUCCCUUGGGACCCGCAGCUGCAAACUACUCAAACAGGGACACCCCGAGGAUUGAGUGGGUGGCAGGGGCCUUGGAGUUUGAGGCCUUUCCCGAAGGCAAAAGUGGCCCAGGGCCAGCUGUCAGCCCCGCCGUGACCUCGGGGCCCGGGAAAGGGUAA